AUGGCACCUUCACCCUUUGAGAUCAAAGGCCCUCUUCCUCCCCCAAGCUCAAAUUACUACAAGCCGCCUUCACCACCUGGCUUCCCAUACUCGCAGUCAUUCGAGGCCCCGUUCUUCAUGGAUGAGAAGACCAAAUACAUGCCCCCAAGGUCACAGGCGCCUCCGCCGUCAUUCCAGGACGCCACCAUGGUGUCUAUCCCCGCGGACAUGUUCGAUCGGAUGUUCUUGCAGGUCCAGAACCAGGAUCCCAUCGGAGCGAGAAGCCCCAAGCAGACAUUCGGCAAUCCGACGCCACUCUCUAUUGUCGGCUUCUUACUCUGCCUGAGUCCGCUGAGCUGUGACCUGAUGGGCUGGCGAGGGGCGGGUGGAAAUGGCGCGGCGUCAGUUGGAGCGUAUUUCUUCAUCGGCGGCGUCCUCAUGCUCCUGGGCGGCUUCCUCGAAUGGGUCGCGGGUAACACGUUCCCGUUCGUGGUGUUCGCCUCGUUCGGCGGCUUCUGGUUCUCGUACGGGGCCACACUGCUCCCCUUCUUCAACGCCUUCGGCGCCUACUCGCCCGACCCGAAAGACGUGGCGGCCGGGCUGGAGAGCAAGGGCUUCAACGCGUCGUUCGGCUUCUUCAUGAUCUUCAUGGCCGUGCUGUGUCUCAUCUACCUCGUCUGCGCGCUACGGACGAACCUGGUCUUCGUCAUCAUCUUCGCCGGCCUGUUCUGGGGGUUUACACUGCUGACGACGACGUUCUGGCUGAUCGCCGACGGGGGCAGCGGUGCGGGUACGACGCUGUACAUUGCCGGCGCGAGCUUGGGUGUGAGCUGCAUGGCUGGCUGGUAUCUCCUUCUGGCGCUGCUGCUGAGAGCGGUGGAAUUUCCUAUCACGCUACCGCUGGUAGAUCUAAGCGGGUGGCUCCAGUGGAGGACCUAG